AUGGCCGACACUUUAAGGAGACUGGCUAAAACAUCUUCAUUCAGCGUGUUACAAGACAAGCUGGAGAGCUGGCACGAAGACUAUCAUGUGAUUUCCUGUGACCAGAAUCUGAACAGAUGUUGUGAUCUGAUAGAAUUAACUGCUGCGAUCCAGGGCCAGCUGUUUUCCAUCCUUAACCUCACAGCUGCUGAAGGUGGACACUAUGCUGGGGUGGACACUCUCAAAAUGCGCCUGCUGCCGUGGCUGGGAACCUGUUUCUCAAUGGCGAGGUCCUCUGUCACUGAAAACACCAGUUUACAACUCAUCCAGGAUUCAGCAGAAAAGGACAGGAGGAUCAGGGAGCUCUCUUCAUCCCAUGACAAUGAAAUACAGAAGAUAGAAACUCAGCUGUGCUCUACUCGCCUGCAGUUGGACUCCGUCAGAGCCGAAUUGGAAGACGCUCAGAAGGAGCUGGAUGAGACAAAGAGCAAGUCGGCAACCACUCUGCUGGCCACCGAAGACGAAAUAUUAGAAUUGAAAUCAGAUUUGCGAUCUGCACAUGAACAGUUGGAGAUUUAUAAGAGGAAGCUGGAUGCUCUGGAUGAUUAUGAGCGGCAGGUUCACCUCCUGAGAGAUGAAGUGUCAUAUCUGAACACAGAGAAGGCCAUGCUGCAGGAGAGGUUGGUGAGAAGUCGUUCUCCGAGCCCAUUGCCGAGACUCAGCCGCUCAACCAGCCCCAUCAGGAGUGAGUCUCCCACCAGAGCCCAGCUCACCAGCUCCUCCCGCCACGCACGCCUGGUGUCACGCUUCAGUGACCUGUAUGCUGUGGAGCGUCUGGAGGCCCAGUCCGUGCUUCGACGUUACAUUGAUGACCUAGAGAUGGUCCAGAAAAUAAUCUUCAUCGCUGUCGUGGAAUCCUUUAAAACAGCAAAACUGGCUUAUCGUCAGUUCAAGCUGCGUGUGAGAAAGACAUUGUCUUCAUCCCACUUUGGGCCAGAAAGCCUGGAGGAUGCAGCUGUGGACUACAUCGUCAGAAACCUGGACCUCUAUGAUGUACAGGCCAGUGUCAAUGAUGUGAUCAACGCAAUGAAUGUGAACCCUCGGAUCUCCUUCCCACCAGAGGUGGACUUUGCCCUCAUCAGUGCCUUGAUCAGGGAGACAUGCAGGAUGGUCUUCGCCAUGCAGACACUGGACCCCCCUCUUGACUUGGCCUUUGCCAGUGAUGGAGAACUUUACAACGACAGCAAGUAUCGGCGUAGCUAUGACUCUGAGUUCACUGCUCCUCUGGUGAUGUACCAUGUGUGGCCAACAUUGGUAGAAGGACAUACUAUAUUAGUGAAGGGCGAGGCUGUCACAAGAAGAGGAGCUCCGUGGAGUAGACGUCGUAGCAGGAGCAGGAGUGUCAGCCCUGUGCGUGCUCGCUCUCUCAGCCCAUCUCGCAGCCUUCGAUUUAACAGCAAAAGAAGUCUGUCUCCUCAGCGUCUCACAGCCAGUCGCCUGUGA